AUGACUGAACCUAUACCAAUACCAGCUUCUAAGUCAGAGCCUGCACUCGAGUCAACUUCGUUAUCUUCUGAGCAACAUCUUACUGGCGGGGAUUCAUCAACUGGAAGCUCUCCCCCGGAGGAUGGCAUUACACCCACAUACACAACCUCCGAAAAUGGAAGUCCUCGUCUCUCAAGGCGCCCUUCUGCCUCUGGAAGUAGCACAUAUCAAGAAGACUGGGAACCUUGGCCUCCUUUGGAUAAGAUCACUGUCUUCGACUUAUUAGAGAACUUUGAUUUGCCUCAACAACUCGAAAGGAUACAGAGAAAUCUGUCCGCGCAAUCCCAAAAGGUUCGGAAGCAACGAGACAAGCUAAAGACAAGAUCCAGUUAUGCGAAGACCCGAGUUGUUGAAGAAUGGCGAAAGCGUGUUCCAACUGCCGAUGAGCAGCUGGAGAGAUAUAAAAAGAGGAUGCGCGAUAGUGUUGACAAACUUGGGACACGUUGGAAUGAUACGAAAUCAGUGACGAUUCGAGAAAAGGUCUCUUUCAUAUGUGGAGUCUUGAAUGUUCUCAUUAGUGGCUACUUGAUCGGAGGAUAUCCUGAGUUAUUCCACUGGUGGUACACUGCCCAAUUACUUUACUUCAUGCCCAUUCGGUUUUAUGCCUACCACAAACGAGGAUAUCAUUAUUUUCUCGCAGAUCUCUGUUACUUUACAAACUUCCUCUGUUUUCUCUCUAUUUGGAUCUUUCCACAGUCAAAACGACUAUUCAUCAGCACUUACUGCCUGGCCAUGGGCAACAAUGCAGUAGCGAUUGCCAUGUGGAGGAAUUCCAUGGUAUUUCACAGUUUCGACAAGGUUACGUCUCUCUUUAUUCACAUAAUGCCCUGCGUAACACUUCAUUGUCUUGUUCACCUCAUCGACCCAUCCGUUCAGCAAUCGCGUUUCAGUGCCAUCUACGACAUACGUACAUCUCCAGUAGGGUCAAGUAAUCAUUACGGCCUGUUAUCGAUGGCAUUGUGGUCAUCUAUUCCAUAUGCAAUAUGGCAACUUUCUUAUCAUUUUCUCAUCACUGUACGCCGCCGUGAGAAGAUUGCUGCAGGUCGUCCAACAUCGUUCACCUGGCUGCUAAAAUCAUACUCCAAAGUUUGGAUUGGCAAAGCGGUUCUCGCUCUUCCUGAAUCUAUGCAAGAGCCCGCAUUUAUGCUUAUUCAAUACUCGUAUGCGUUGCUCACCAUGUUACCAUGCCCUCUAUGGUUCUGGUACCGAUAUGCGUCUGCAUCGUUCCUCAUGGCUGUAUUCUGCUGGUCUGUUUAUAACGGCGCAAAUUAUUACAUCGAAGUCUUUGGCAAACGUUUCCAAAACGAGCUUGAGGAGAUGAAGCGAGAAGUUCAGAAAUGGCAUAACACUCCCGAGUUAGUGACGUCUCCUUUGAUGACACCCAGAUCCGAGGGUGGAGAGAUAUUAGGUAACGAUGGCGAGACAAAGAGACCAGGCCACCCAAGAAGUACUAGUUUGGAUAAGAUUCCAUUACUCAACGACCAAGGAGGCAGUUCCGGGAUAGACGGGGGUGCAAAGGAUGUCGUGAAGGCAAGAAAGGCAGAUGAAACAUCGGCUUGA